GACCCACAAUUCUUGAUCGACAGCCAUCUUUCUUCUUCCUGAUUUUUGUUUUGUGCUGCUAGCGCACACAAAAUAUAGCCUAAAAUCCUGUAACUGUGUUAGUAACAACACAUUUUUUCAUGGGAUGAUACUAUUUAUUGCCAGUUGAUUGACUGUACUACGUUCUGAAAGGAAGUGAACAAAAAUCAUUGAUUUCACUUUCAUGGAACCGGAGUUUGUUGGGGAUACCCUACGUUACGAACGAGCGUAUCGGCAUUGCCUAUCUUUCGGAAGUCUGAACCGAAAAGGAGUUUACAGUUGAGGCGGAGUAGACGGUUGAUCGAGUUUGGAUAGAAGUUUCACUUUUUUGUUUAUUGUUUAUCGGCGUUCGUCAACCAAGUAUAGUUUGGUUGAUGAGGGAGGAAAUUAUAUGUAAAAUGCGUAUGAUAAUGUAUUGUAAAUCGAAAAGCAAUAGCCGUAUUUUGGUUCUUAAGUGGUAGAAACAGUGUACAUAAUCAUCAGGGAGUGGCAAUCACACUGUCACUACCUAGAAUAAUACUAAAAUUUUACCAACAGUCCUAGGCUAGGCCUAGACUAGCCAAGGCUGCCUGCAAACCCCCAGCUGCUGACCAGAAUAGGAAACAACAGUUGUUGUAACUUGAAGCUCUAUGAUUUGGUUAAACAUAGUCUAAACUGAGGAAUAAUGGAUGCUGAGAGCAGACUGAAGACGUUGGAAAAGCUAUACAGCAGUGGUGUGCAGAACAGUGAUGGCCAAGCGGUCAGCACCGAAACACUGCUGGACAUUUUUGUGCUGCUUUUUACAGAGUGUAGUAAUUCAACUCUUAGAAGGGAAAAGUCCAUUGCUGAUUUUGUCAGAUGGGCACGACCCAUUGUUUCCAAGAUAACUGAGUUGCGUCUUCAUCGAGAUGACUUUGAAACACUUAAAGUUAUUGGGCGUGGUGCAUUUGGUGAGGUUGCUGUUGUUAGGCAAAAGGAAACACAGAAGGUUUAUGCCAUGAAACUUCUCAACAAGUGGGAAAUGUUGAAAAGAGCAGAGACAGCCUGCUUUAUAGAAGAACGUGAUGUUCUUGUGUAUGGCGACAAACGGUGGCUGACAAAUUUACACUAUGCAUUUCAAGAUCAGGAUUACCUUUACUUGGUUAUGGAUUACUACAGUGGAGGUGACCUAUUGACCUUAUUGAGUAAACAUGAGGAUCGUUUACCUGAGUCUAUGGCACAGUUCUACAUUGCUGAGAUGGUGCUUGCUAUUGAUUCCGUACAUAAAAUGGGCUACGUGCAUAGGGACAUUAAACCAGACAACAUACUUGUUGACCAGCAUGGUCAUAUUAGACUCGGUGAUUUUGGUUCAUGUCUAAAGAUGUUGGAGGAUGGUGCCGUACAAUCUUCAGUUGCUGUAGGUACUCCGGAUUACAUCUCACCAGAAAUUCUCAGGGCGAUGGAAGAUGGUAGGGGACGAUAUGGUGCUGAGUGCGAUUGGUGGUCAUUGGGGGUUUGCAUGUACGAGAUGCUUUUUGGGGAAACGCCAUUUUACGCAGAGUCGUUGGUUGAAACGUAUGGCAAAAUUAUGAAUCACAAGAAUCAAUUUGACUUCCCACCUGAAGAGGUUGAUGUGUCAGAGAAAGCCCAGGAUCUUAUACGAAGGCUGAUAUGUGAUGCAGAGCACAGGCUAGGAAGGAAUGGUCUAGAUGACUUCAAGAAUCACUCAUUCUUUGAAUCCAUUGACUGGGAUAACAUAAGGAACAUGACUCCACCCUACAUUCCUGAUGUGAAGAGUCCAACAGAUACAUCAAACUUUGAUGUAGAUGAAUCAGAUUUGAAAAACUCGGAAGCAAUGCCACCAAACACGCAUGCAGCCUUCAGUGGGAAUCAUUUACCAUUCGUUGGCUUUUCAUUUACAAGAAAUAGUAAUUUGUCUGACCUGGGGUCAUUAGCAACUGCAAAGGGCAUUGAAAUAAAAACGGAUGGAGUUGUUGACAGCCUUACCAUUGAAGGGUAUGAAAGGCGCAUUAAGAGAUUGGAGGCAGAAAAGUCUGAACUUAACAGGCGUUUAACAGAAUCUUCAGCUCUACUCCAAGAUGCUAACAUCUCUGGACAAGGUUCCUCUUCGACGAACACUGCCGAUAUUCAACGGCUCAAAUCUGAGAUCAUGCUUUUAAAGAAGCAGGCUGCAGAUACUAAAGAUGAAAGUAGUAACAUGGAAAGGAAUUUGAAAGAAGCAUUAAAAUUGAGGAAGGAUCUGGAGAGUGUUGAAGAGGAGAGGUUACUCAAAAUAAAAUUUAUUGAAAAGUCGAAUCGGGCACUAAAAUCUGAAAAGCAGGAAUUAACAAAGGACUUUGAAGAUGCUCAAGAGCGGUUGAGAAUUCAGGCCAAGGAACUCAAAGACGCUCAGUCACAACGAAAACUAGCAAUGCAAGAAUUCUCUGAAAUCAAUGACAGAUUAUCCGAUCUUCGUUCUCAAAAACAGAAACUCUCACGAAGUUUACGUGACAAAGAAGAAGAACUAGAUAGCAGUUCCCAAAAAAAUGAGAAAUUGCGCCUUGACUUUCGCAAAUCGGAGAAAAAGAGGCGAGAGCUUGAAAUCCAAGUUGAAGAGAUGCAGACUGACCUGAAUAAAGAAAAAAAGCUAAAAAACCAGAGUAAUAUUUAUGCUAAUCAAUUGGAAGAUGAAAAUCGUCAGUUAAAGCAGAGUGGAGGCAUACAAGGGGUAGAUGCUGUACGACAACAAGAGACUGACAACUUAAAGGCUGAACUUGAAAGAUGUAAAGAAUCUCACGAGGAAGCACUUACAGAUGAAAGGACCAGGCAUGCCAAAGAGGAGAAGAACCUCAAAGACCAGAUCUUGGACAAUGAACAGCAGAUACAGGUGCUAGAAAAAGAAGUUGCGACUCUGAAAGAAAGAAGUGAGCGUGAUGUUGUGUAUAAUACUAAUCAGCAGAAAGAUAUAAUUUCAGAUUUGAGGAGAACACAUGAACGAGAAAAGUCCAUUUUGAAGGAAGAAAACCAGAAGUUGGCCACAGAAGUUGAAAGGAAAUCAAUGCAACUAGAAAAGCUCUUGCGAGAACAUAAGAACUUGGAAGAGGAAGUUCGCGACAUGUCAGAUAAGAAAGACUCAAUUGCACACUGGGAAGCACAGAUUGCUGAAAUUAUCCAGUGGGUAAGUGAUGAGAAGGAUGCACGAGGAUAUCUCCAAUCACUUGCCACCAAGAUGACUGAUGAGUUGCAGGGUCUGAAAGAUUCUGGACCAAUGAGGGAAAAGGCUUGGCAGACAAGGCGAUCCCAGAAGAUGGAAAAGAUGGAACUUUUAAAUUUGCAAUCCCAAUUGAAAAGCGAAAUCAAUGCUAAGAAUGGAGCUUUUCAAGAACUUAAAGAAGUAAAAUAUGCUCAAUCAUUUGUGGAAAAUAAGUUACAGAAAUCACAACAAGAGAAUGAUGAUUACAAGCGUGAGAUAGAAGAACUUAAGUUAAAGAUUGAGGACCUGGAGUCUAAGCUCCAACAGUCAGAAAGCUCUGAGGGCGCUCAAUACUUCAGGAAUUUCUUGAGAGAAAAUACGUCAAUAUUUAGUGACGACACAACAAACGUAACCACUGAGAUUGAUGGGGAUGAUUUCAAAGCAAUACCAGAAACACAUGAAGAUUUAGAGAAUGAUGAUAGUAAGGACCAUGAAAGACUUCCAAAAACAAGUAUACCUCCUUAUGGCAAAACCAGUUCUUCACAUCAUCCUGAACCCAAAGCACAUACAUUCAAGGUUCAAUCAUUUCAUACACCAACAAAAUGCAUGCACUGCACCUCACUCAUGCUGGGUCAAGACAGGCAGGGAUUAUCUUGUGAUGUCUGCAGGUUCGUAUGUCAUUCAUCGUGUGCUGAGAAGACUCCAGGUGUAUGUCCGAUGCCAGAAUUUCAGAGCAAAAGGCCCCUUGGCAUAGAUCCAAAUCGUGGCAUAGGUACAGCAUACGAAGGAUUCGUUGGAAUACCAAAACCAGGGGGUGUGCGCAAGGGAUGGAUGCGACAAUAUGCAGUUGUAUGCGACUUUAAACUGUUCUUAUUUGACAUGGGGGAAGGGCGUCUUGCUGCACCUACAAACAAGAUAGCACAUGUAAUUGAUAUGAGGGAUGAGGAAUUUUCUGUGAGUUCAGUUCUGGCUGCUGAUGUAAUCCAUGCCAAUAGGAAAGAUGUACCAUGUAUCUUUAAAGUGUCGGCAUCGCAACUGAAUCCCCCAAGACUGCAGGCACAGCUACUGCUCCUGGCAGACACAGAGGGCGACAAACAUAAAUGGGUUCAGGCAUUAUCAGAAUUAGGUCGUAUACUGCGCAAGAAUAAACUGCCUGAUUUGUCUGUGUUCGAAGCUAAGGAAAUUUACGACAGCUCUUUACCUCUUGUAAAGAUUACUCAAUGUGCUGAUAUUGUAGAUGGAAAUAAAUUUGUAAUGGGAACAGACGAUGGAUUGUAUACAGUAGAAAUCUCAACAGGCUAUGUGGUAAGAGCAGACAGUAAACGAGUUUAUCAAGUUCAAGUUUUAAAAGAAGACCAGCUUGUUAUUGUCAUAUCAGGUAAGGGGCGCCAUCUUCGUCUGUUUCCAAUAGCAGCCCUGGAUCAGGAUGUCAGUAGUAUCAAAGUUGAGGAGCCUAGGGGUUGUACUAUGUUCACCACGGGCAGGAUUCGUCAAGGCUCCACCACAUGCCUAUGUAUUGCCACCCGUCGGCAUGUUUAUGUAUAUGAACUUAAUCGUACACGUGUACGACAUAGAAAGAUCAAAGACAUUGCAUUGCAAAUCCCAGUCCAGUGUAUGGAAGUGUUUGGAGGUAGACUGUGUGUUGGGUAUUCGUCUGGUUUUGGUCUCUAUACAAUACAGAAUGAAGGAACACACUUGCAAUCUUUGGUAAACCCAGAGGAUCCUACCUUAGCCUUCAUUACAACGUCUCCUCUGGACUCAUUAGCGGUCGUUGACCUCAAUUCAAAGGAAUACCUUCUGUGUUUUAUGACUGUUGGCGUGUAUGUUGAUUACAAUGGUAAAAGGUCAAGGCAUCGGGAGCUGAUGUGGCCAUCACCUCCAACUGCAGUUUGUUAUGCUGAGCCAUAUCUAAUAGUGUAUAGUGAGACUUCUGUUGACGUGUUUGACAUUCAGGAGAUGCAGUGGAUCCAGACAAUACCUAUUAAGGGGACACGAGUCCUUAGCCGUGAUGGAAGGUUAAACUUGAGUUUUGUUACUGAUCUGCAUCAGCCGAGACUUGUAUACCUUAAGAACAAGAACUCUGAUGACAAGGGCCUUGAAUUACCAGAGAAACAAACCUCAAAAGAUCGCAGAAAAAUAUCAUUUAAGAGUAAAGAUGAAAUGAAGAGGACAAUUAAUAAGAAGUCGAUGAUAUCUGGUCCAUCCAAUUUCAAUCACUUGGCUCACAUGGGUCCAGGAGACGGCCUGCAGAUACUCAAAGAUUUACCGAUAAACAAACCACAAGAGGAUGCACCACCAGGGAUGGAGAGAGUGAAAAGUAUGUUCCAACCGGCAGGCUUGCCACCAGCAACUGCUAGUAAACCAAUUGUGCGACAGAGACCGCACACGACCAUUCAGAUAGGUGGACGAACAGACGCUAACAACGUGAAUGGUAGCGAGCCGUCUACUAGUCCCAAGAUGGAUAUGCAGCAUUCGCCGGAAGGCUUCCUGCCGAGGUCCGAUAUGAGUUUAUUCGGAGAAGACUUUACAUUUACAUCAAGUCAUAGGCUGUCUUUAGGUUCAAAUAACAGCUCCAGCUCCCCGCCCACUCCUCAGAGAACAAGUUUUGUGGAGCCGGACCAAGGCUCAGCAGGCUCGGGCUGGGAAAGUGAGGACAAGACCUCCAACUAAUCUGACAUCUGUUGUCAAAGCAAUUAUUGUGUACAUCUGCCUUUAAAUAUGAAAACAUGCCAGUAGACCUGUUGACAAAUAUAGAUAGUAUGCACUUUGCUUUGAUGUAGGCCUAACCAGUGUUGAGACACUGCGAUCAUCAUCAUUAACAUAAUCAACUGCUUAUUUCCACAUACUGUAUUAAACCAAUUUCUGCUACUAGAUGCUGGUUUUCUCCUCUACAACUUGUUUUUCAAACUGAACUAAUUUUGCAGCUUCAUCUCUAGAAAAAAUUGUUACAAUUCAAGUUGUUUGUAAAUGGAUUUUAAUGUUUGGUCAAAACUGGUGAUUAAGUGAAUUUGAAAUGAAUACUUAGAAAUGGCAAUUAAGAACAAAAAUUAGCACUAACUAAAAAUCAUGUCAAAGAAUAAAAGAUAUAUAAACUAUAUACAGUAUAAGAGUGGAGUUAAUAGACAACCCAAUGAUAAAUGUGUGCGUGUGUGUGUACUUAAUAUAUAAAACAAGUAAGUAGAUGGUGAAAAAAUUGGGGCCAGUUCAAGGUAAAUAAAAUUUCCUACUGAAAUCAUUCUUGUAGAAGCGAUGGUGAAAGGUGUUUCUUCGUUUCCAAGAUUUUAUAUUUGUUUUUUCUUCCAGGGGAAACAAUUAGUAUAUGUGUAAAGAAAGAAUGAACUAUUAAAACAUAGAUGGGAGUGAGAGAGUUUUUAAGAGUAAUUGGGACCUCAAGUUUUCACCCAACCUUGUCUUAUAGUCUAAGAAAUUAUUUAAGCCAAGUAGUAGAAUGCUUGCUGUUUUUAUAUCUUGCAUUCAAAAAAUAUCAGAAAGUAUUCUAGCAACUAACAAAAUCAUGGUAAAUCGGUAUUUUGCAGCGCAAGGCUUUAACAAAAUGUAUCAGAACUAGGUGCUGAGUUCGGUGGACUUUUUGAAUCAUAUUGGUGGCUGUAUUUAAAUUAUUCUACAUGGACUCAUUGCGUUUGCAUGAUAUCAGGGUUAAGGUUUGUUGCCUUCAUACCUUGAUAUAUUCAGAUUUUAUUUAUAGGAGCAAUGUAACGGAUUGUUUAUAUCUUAGUUGUAUAGUUUAAUUACAAAUGUGCAUUUUCCACAUGUGUACGUGCGUGCGCGACACAAGAGUAUGGUAUUCGGAAAUCCUAGACAGUCUUCCAAAUCACAAAAUAAACAAGACAUAAAUCUAGUGAUAUGCUCCAUAUUUUUUUUAUUUUCGUGAAUUCAAAGCGAGUAAAUGGGUCAGCGCUAGAUGUAAUAAUCGGUAAUUAAGUUAUUUGAAUAAUAAAAACAAUUGGCUAAUUAACUGCACUCUUAGAAUGUGAUUGACGGUUUAGCUUUUGCUAUUUAAUACACUUGUUUUCAUGUGAAUAAAACUGUAAAAACAGACUAAAAA